UAUAUUACUGCAAUUUUUUUUUUUAAAUCGAUGCAUAAUUUAAACCCGUCAGCUGAAAAGAAGCCCGAACCCAGGCAUUAUCCGUGGAUUAACCCAUUGUUAGUUUCGGCCAGGUUCAGAUAUGUAUUUUUUCUAUUUGUGUAUUAAUAACAACAGAUUAUAGAUCAAUAAGGGUUGUGACACACACGGACGUAUUUGUUUCAAUGUUCACAUGGAUUUGGAGGUUAUAAGCUGUAUUUAACUGUAUCUGGACCUGAAAAAACAAAACCAUUAAUUUUGCAUUCGGGAUUGAGAAAUUCGUAAAAACAAUGACUUGAAAAACUAGUGAAUAUCAGAUUUUAUUGUGUUUUUUUUUAGUUUGUUGAUUUUUCUUCUUUUAACUAUGAGAAACGCAUGACUUUGAACUGAAGAAGAAAAAUGAAAUAUAGUUUUCCGUGGAUCUCAUUAUUCAUCCUUCUCAUUUGCAUCGGUUUAUCAGAAAGUGUCUGCACAUUUCCAACAGAGAUCGAUGGUGACUGGUAUAGUGCGUACAAAGGCAAAUUGACAUUCAACUCCACCCAUCUGACGGGAUACCCCAUUUAUAUGUCUGCUGCCGUACAGUCGCUGGACUUUGAAUGUUACAUCAAUUCAGGCAGAAAAUACCUGCUGAGAGCGACUUCCACGGCGCUUGUGUUCGGUCAAUAUAUUCGAGGCUAUAUAUGCCUAGAGUUAUGGAGAGUGUCCAGUACUAAAUAUUUCUACUACCAUGGGACAAGUAUAAGUUUUACCAACAAUGACAAUGUGUUUGGACGUGUGGAUGCCGUGACGGUAGACACGACCCUCGGGUGUAACGAGCCCGAACCUUAUUCUGCUGGAUCUUUUAUAACAUUAGUCAAGGAUGGAUCUAUUACGACCGGAGACUCUGAGGCCACGUGCGCAACAAGCCUUUUGUCCUCAUACAAUUCAGUUACGAUAACUGACUCAACAAGCAGUACAACGUGUUCGAGUACGGAAAUGGAUGGAUGUGCGGACAGAACAGAGAUGAGAUACACAUACGAUGCAAGCUGUGGAUCCACACUAAAAUUCUCAACCGAUGGGUUUUGGACAUGUAUGAGGAGUGUUUCGAGUGGUGGCUACACGUAUCUUUCGGUCUGGAACAACGAUUCAUCAGUCACAGGCUCCACAACAUAUACCUUCUCAUCAGGAGUCAACUACCAAUUUGCCUGCCUUGUGAUAAGUGGGUCUUCGGCCACCAUGUUUCCAAACUAUUGUUCCGACAGCAGCCAGACGCCUACGACUGUGUCUUCACCGGGCUUGAAGAUCUCAUUUUCAGGCGUAACACAAACAUGUUAUGAAGAAGUAGAGGGAGGGUCUAGUGCUGUGUACUACAUCACCAUAGUACUAGGUUCCCUGUUCAUUAUAGCACUUGUUAUACUGGUCAUCAUACUAUGUAAGAAAGGAUACUGUCCGCCACAGAAAUGCAAGAAGCAACAGCGACCGAAUUCUCCAGAAAGCACGGUGGAGCAGGGUGAACACGUGACCAACACUGUCUUCAAGGUGAACAAGUUGGAUCCAAUCCCAGGAUUCAAAGCAAAGAGACCUCUUCGAAUUGGACCCAUCGUAGAGCCUAACCUUGAUGUUCUUCCCAAGGUCGAGCCUCUGUAUGCCCUGACCAAUAAAAAGGACACCAGUAAACCCGCUAAACGAGAAGCCGAUACCAUCUCGGUUGAGAGUGCUGAAGACGAGGAUAACCCAUUCACAUUCUACAAUAUUGCCAAGUUUAUUCUUCUUCCAAAAAUCAGUUCUAAAAAGAGUUUCGAUGUUGGCGCUCUGGCGGAUCCCAAACGAAACACUCUACAUGAUGUAUUAGAAAUGAAGAAAACGAAACUAAAACAGGAAACCAAAGCCUCUGAAGAUAAUCCGAAUAAUGAAAACACUAAAAAGGACAAUGAUUCUAAAGAGAAGAAAGGGGAACAGUACAAGGAAGAAAAUGAGAAAAAAAAUCCUAAAGACAAACCGAAACUUACUAAACAAAACUCAAAGGAACCCAAACCUGGAACUACAAAACGUAGAAUGUCGAAAAAAUGAGUUUAAAGCCUUUUUAAAGGAACAAUUUUCAUUAUACCUAUAUUUUGUCAAAAUAUGGUUAUAUCACGUAUGGCUGAGUGAUACUCCCAUCUGGCACGUCUCUGGUGCCACAUAGAACUGUGUAUAAAAUACUGUCCUAAUUAUUGUCUUCUUGUGUUUGUUUACUGUUUUACAAGAAGACAAGUUGGUGCAAUUGUGGAGAGGAUGAACAACUGCUGGAUACGUUUGAUACGAUUGAUUUAUAUGGCAUGAACAUAUUACGUGUAUGAUUGCAAUGAAAAUGAAAUCAAAUAUAUGGGUCAGACGUGUUAAUAUGAAACUAUGUUGUUGCUUCCACGAACCCUUCCGUCCUAAUUAUUGACUUAUAUGUUAUAUGUUUGUCUAUUUAAUAAACAGACCAUUGAAUUGUUUUCUUAUUACUGAUUUGUAAAAUAAACUAAAUAAAGAGAUAUUCAUUCAAAUAAUU